AUGACAGUCGACGAUACCACCGUGGCAGCAGCGCAGAGCGAAAAGGUGUCCGCCGUGUUCGCGCCCACCAGCAAUGCAACGGCAGCCGAUGACUCGGACGUGAUGCGUCAGGAGAAGUUGGGGCACAUCAAACCCCUAGACGACGCCGCCCUGAAAGCUACGAGAGCAUACCUUCAACAGAGGUUCGCUCGUCGGAAUCUGCCACGGAAAGAUGGCCGGCACCAUGUGGUAUACGGCGGAGUUCCCAGUCGUCGCCGCACGACGGAUAAGUACCGGCCUGCGGCGUCUGAGCGGGCAGAUGAACGACGAAUGGCUCUCAUGGUGCGGAUGAUUCGGGAUCUGGAGAUUGUCGACUCUGGCAGCUGCAAGGCAAUCUGCGGCAAUCCAGUUGCCGCCUAUGAAGCUCCCAAAGCGCUCAGCAUCGCGACGAAUUGGGUAUUCCCGCUCACAAUCUUGCUGAGCCUCCCAUUCGAGUCUCUCCACGAACGCAAAUUUUCCAGGACCCUGGUUGCCGUCCUCAACUGGCUGGGCUCCCCGCAGACGGCCCUGACGGCAACCAUCUUCAACUUCCGCCAACUGCGCGAGUCACAUCGACGGGUCCUCAGGCAUGCCAGCGGCUCACAGAUGCAUUUGUACAGCGCGGCGUACUAUGUGCUCUGCUGCGUGAAUCAGUUCGACGGCUUCAGUCUCGCAGAGGAUGACGGUAUGCCAACGCGGAUGCUGGAUGUCCUGGUCUAUGGCUUGUUUCGGCCAUUAUCCGGCGAUCAAGAUCUGGAUGUUGACCUCACCCAUCAGCUGUUGUGUUCAGUCGCAUUUCAGCUGCGCAUGCUGCGUCGACGUGGAGUCAUACCCAUGCUCGCCAAUAUGGGCGUUUUUCUCGUCGCCUUCAUCUUCUCUGUCGUCCUCGCCUUUGCCGAGCUGGGUGAUGCCAAUACACCUUUCUCGCUGGCCUUUGGCCUGUUGAUAACCUGGCUUCCGCUCCUGGUCGUCUUCACCAUUGUCGACAGGAACCCCAUAUCGUCGGACCGCUCCGCUGAACUGAUUUCUCGCUGGCUCUACAACGUAGACGCUGUCAUGACGUGGGCACAUCCCUUGGGCGCUCAGCAUGGCCGGCCAGCCGCGAGAAUAGCUCCCGCUCACCAACCGGUCAGAGGUGCUGCUCUCGAGCACAUCCAGUGGUGGAAUGACAGCACUCAAAUACCCGAGCCUCUGAGAAUCCAUGGAUUUAUUGGACAAGGCAGAAAGAUUAAAUUCUGCGGGCUUCCUAAAGCACUGCUCGACGCUUCGACGAUCAUUGACUUCCAUGCCGAAAAGAGAGGCGGCCUCAGCCACUGCGCGACGGAAGUCGCUAGGAGGUCGAAAGCUGGGAAGCCCAUGGCAUGGUAUGUCGUGGCGGUGCUUUCUUUCCUCUUGGUAUGGUGGGCUAUCAUGACCGCCUUCGUCGUAUCGUUCACGGCCCCGACCAUAGGUCUGGGUUGCCGAUCCUUGUCAUACCUGCUGUUUGGCGGUUUCAGCUCUGUUUCCUGGGUGAUUCAGUUCUCAAAACGUCCGCGGCGAAGGCUACUUUGGGUCUCGUACGUCUUCAACCUUCUGGCUGUGCUGGUUCUGCUUGUUGUGAUUAUAUUUCAGGUGACGGGCCUGGCUAGCAACUGUUACUGCAAAUCAAGCGUUUUGAACGCGCCUCUGCUCGGGGGUUACGUCGACUUCGAAAACACCGGGUUCUACCGGGACAACUUCAACGUCUUGCAAUAUUGGGCUGCGGCGGCUAUUGUCGGGAGUGCGGUCCCGACAAUGGCGUUUGUUGUUGCCCUGUUCUGGUGGCUCAAAUGCAGCCAUCUAUGGAAGGCCACCGAGCACGGGAACGAGCCGCAGCGACUCUGGCGGGUUCCAGCUGACAUGAGGUGGCUGAUGUAG